AUCCCUAAAUCUUAUUACAAAGAUAUAUUGUUACUUUCAUCAGUUUUUCAUAAAGUCACAAAACUAACAAAAUAACAAAACUCGCAGCACUCUGUCCCUUGAUCUUUCUGCAAGGGUAUAUUGUUUCUUUCAUCAGUUUUUCAUAAUUCACAAAAUCUCCCACCACUCUGAGCCUGAGUCUUGUUGCAAGAAAAAAAAAAUGUCUAUUCGAACAAAUCCCAUGAAAGCAGUGCCUUCAUUGUUGAGGCGCCUGAGGCCUGUAGAAAAACAAGAAAAUUUGAAGUCUUUGAAGUCUGAGUUGAUCCAUUUAGAGAACCUGUUUUCCACAGUGAAGAAAAAUGAAGAAGAACUCCUUGACGUGUUAACAGCCGUGGAUGGCUAUAUUCGCAAUUCUAACAUACAUAAGCUGAUGGAAGAAGAGGAAUCCAUUUGCCAGAGAAUAAGGGAUUCAACUCAAAAGUUGCUGCCACCUGCUGCUACUCAAAGUAGUAAUAUAAAAGUUGCUCAGUCAUCAGAAAAAGCAACUCAGUCUGUGAAGAGAAAAGAAGUGAAAAUACCACAACCUGAGGAAUUGGAAAGGUUUAAGGUAUGUUAUGAAGGCCUGGAUGAUCUCCAUAAACAUUACUUCUUAUCUCUCUUACUUCUCCCUGAAAAUGCUGUUAUAAAGAAAAGGAAUGUAAUUUUAUGGUGGGCUGUAGUUCUUGGACAUGAUUCUGUGCCACUUUGGAAUGUGUUCAUGGAGCUUAAGAGAAAUGCUUUCAUUGUACCACAUGCCAUGAUUCAUGAUGUCAAUAAAUUUAAACUUAGUCCUUGUAUCCGUCAUAUGUCGGUGAGACUUUUGUUAGAAAAUGAUUUAAAACAGUUUUUAGAAAUUGAUUCAAAAAUAACACCCUCAUCUCAUUGUAGUGGUCAUACUAGGUAUGAAUGUUUAGCACUUUACCAAAAAAAAGUUAAAUUAAGUGAUGAGCUUGACUUUAAAUCCACCCAUUGGAGAGCUAUUUUCAAUGUUGGUGCCAAAUAUCUUAAUUUUGGAAACCAAUGGAUGGCCAAAAUGAAGCGUUUGGAGGUGCUUCAACUUGGUUGUUGGCUGCAAGACUCAACUUCACAUGACAUUGAAGUGGAGAGUGAAGAAUUCCUAAAGGAGUUGAGGGGUCAUAAGUAUUUGAAAUAUCUUAGCCUUUGUGGAAUAUCAGGAAUAUCUAAGUUGCCACCCUCCAUUUUCCAACUUGAGAGCCUAGAAACUCUGGAUCUCAAGGCUUGUCACAAUCUAGAAACACUACCUAAUGAUAUUGCAUCAUUGAGAAACCUCAAACAUUUGGAUUUGUCUAAUUGCUACUUGUUGGAUAGAAUGCCAAAGGGGAUUGAGAAGCUGACUGAGCUCCAAGUACUGAAAGGGAUUGUAAUAGGUAGACCUAACAAGACUCCAUGCAAAAUAUCAGAUCUUGCAAAUUUGAAAAAUCUAGAGCGACUCAGCAUACAUAUUGGAAGGGGGGCUGUGAUCCAAGAGAGGGAAUUUGAAAGCUUGAUAGUGUUGUCAAAACUAGAACAUCUCAAAAUUUCAUGGGGUGUGUCUGACACAAAAUACAGUGAUAUCCAGAUCACUUUGCCUUCAAGUUUGACAAAGUUACAUCUUGAAGGCUUCCCCGGACAAGAAAUUCCAGAAUGGCUGAAGCCUAGCAAGCUACUCGAGAGAUUGAAGGUGCUAAACAUAACAGGAGGAAAUCUUAAGAGUAUGAAUCAUGGAGAAAAUAAUAACCAGUGGUGUGUGGAGAUUGUGCGUCUCAAGUACCUAAAACAUUUGAAAGUUGACUUAACAAAUUUGCAAGAGUUGUUUCCUUCGUUGAAGCACACAGAAAUAAAACAUAUCCUAAACCAUUCAUACCUUGAAUGGAGCCUUGAUUGAAGAGAGUUAAAAGUCAAUCUAUGUUAUAGAAUGAUCCAUAUAUGUUUGUUAUCUAGAGAGCAAUGUUAUUAGCACAAUUGUAUUUUUAUUAAUCUAAAUUUAGAGUGUGCCAAUAAAAGUGAAGGCCAGUUGAAAAAAACACAAAGAAUAUGGCUAAU